CACAAAUAUGGACGCUAGCUGCUAAAGAAUUUUGCGGAGGAUAAUAGUAGUCUAAUUAGGAAAUUUGUAUGUUAGAACAACGAUUAAUCUAAGCGUUGGAACUAAGUUACAAUUUAAUUUCCUAUGAUUGCUUUUAAUAGUGUAAAUUUGCAAAUGAUUGAAUUUUAAGUUCAUCAACGUCGUCAAAUAUCCACUCACUAUUUAAACAGUUGAAGAACCAAGAAAAGAAGAAAUUGCUAACCUUAGCGAAGAAUAGUUUAUGACAGUUUUGUUGGUCAUAAACUAUAAAGUGUAGUGCUUCAAAAUGGAGCUGCCUGACUGCCCCCCGGGGGCUGAGGGUUAUCAGGACACGGUUACAGAAGUUCCAAAGAAGAUUGAAGAGGGCAACUGUACUAAGGCCGAGCAAGAGUUUCAAGACCAUCUGAACAGUUUGAAGAUCAAAACCGAGGAUGGCGAGACGCGAAACAUGGUCGAGCGGAAAGGACGAGAUAUAUCCGGCAAGUGGAUAUACCUGUGCUACCCGUGCGGAGCAGUCUGCAGUGGCGAAAGCAUACUUCAGACUCACAUAUCCGGAAAAAAGCACAAGAUUAAACUGGCGAUGUGCACAGCGUGGCCGAAUAGUAUAUUCGAGGAGCACCAUUUCCUUCAGAAGCAAUCAAAAAGCAUGGUUACAGCGACUCAGAGGGUACUACAAAAGAUGGCCGAAGAAGUAGAUUACCAUAAAAAGAAUUUGGAAGAUGUCGAAAAGAAGUAUGAGAAGUACAGGAAAGUGAAGUGCCACAUACAGGACAUCAUUGACGAUGUCAAAGCGCCGCUGCCCGGCAUCGAGUACCUCAUAGAGCACCCGCCCGAGGACGGGCACUCCGAGCCCUGCUACCUGUGCGUGCUCUGCAACAAGCAGGGCCACCCGCGCACCAUCAUCAACCACAUGACCUCCUACUGGCACCGCGUCAACUACAUCCAACGUCACUUCCACAAGGCGUACGAGCUGCUGGCGCCGUACCGCAACCAGCAGCUGUACCGCGAGGGCGUGAGCGUGGUGGUGCACCGCUUCGUGCAGCGCGUCGAGGACACGUACGGCCGCCACCGCCCCGCGCACAUCGACAAGGACGAAUACGACAAGAACAAGGAGUCUAUUAAUACAUGGAUACACAGAACCGAUCAUUUUAAAGGAAAAGAGCUUUGUUCAUUCGAAGAUGUCGUGGAUAUUGAUCUGAUACAAUCUUUACGCAAGAAUUACGAAAAUACGGGCAAACGAGACCCUUCCCCGCCGUCCGUGUCUGCUCCCAGUAAAUCAUAUAAACGUAAUCAAAGAGUGCGCGCGCAGUCUAUAGAAUCUCUGUCGGACAUCAGCGACGAGGAGCACAGACCGGCGCCCACCAGAACCAAGUACAGGGAGCGUACUGUCUCCGGCCACGCCAAGCCGAGACACGAGCCGUACAAGGGGCCGACCGCCGCGCCGCACCGCUCCAGGUACACCUGGAUUGCUGACGAUAAAGAAGAGCCCACCGAUAAGAAAAGCUCGCAUUACAAAUACAAAGCGGCCCUGGCCGAAGAUCAGAAGCGUCAAGCCGAGGAGUCCGCCGAGAAAACUCUGCGGUACCACGAGAAGAACCCCGAGAAGCACCCCCUCUACCCCGAAGAGUGGAAGAAGUUUUGGAAUAAACGCUACAAACAGAUACAGAGCGAGGGAAAAGAUCCGUCCAAGCACGACUUCAAGUCCGAGUGGAUCGUGUUCUGGACGAAACGAAUGAAGGAGUUACACGACGAGGAGCUGCAGGUCCGUGUGGACGAAAUCUACCGCAGGAUGCGCCUGUCGCCGCCGCCCGUCAAACCCAAAGCGGCAGAGAGCAAAAAGCGAAUUUCUCCCGAGAAACAAAGACCUCCGGAGAAGAGAAGGUCGAGGUCGCCCGACAGAAGACCUCCGAGAAGCAGAUUUCCAGAGGUGAAACGAAGGUCGCCCGUCUCCCGACGCAGGACCCCAGAUUACAAACGCGAUUACAGGAGGGAACGGAUGAUAUCGGACUAUCGGCGUUCCCCGGAGCGUCGCCGCUCGCCGCGCCCGCACCGCUCCCGCUCCCGCUCGCGCACGCGUUCUCGCACGCCGCACAGGAUGGAGUCGUCGGGGCGGUCCCGCAGCCCGCUGUCGUGCCGCGCCGGCGCCGCGCCGCUGCGCAACCGCAGCCCCGCGUCCUCCCCCGCACCCUCCCCCGCCAUGCAGACCGUCCUCAUCUCGGACGACGACCUCAAGCCGGACGACCUGUCCCCGUGGAACUCUGACGACAUGGAGUCGACGUGCUCGAUGCCGACGGUCCGUUCCCGCAGCAGCGCGCCCCCCGCCCGCGCGCGCCGCGACCCGCCGCCCGAGAGCCGCGAGCCGGGCCCCGCCCCCGACCCGCAGGACCUCGGCCCGCCCGAGAACAUUGUCGCCACGCUGCGUCUGCUCAUCGCGCUCGAAGACUACCUCGGCAGCCUGGGGCCCCGCGUCAUAGAUCUACUUGCUGAAGCGUUAAAAAUGGAAAAGGAUAGGCCGAAUUCAUCGGAAGAGUUGUUAGACCGCGAGUCGGCUGUGGUGCUGCUGGAGACCGCGAAGGAGAAGCUGAAGGGCAGCGUGCAGGCCGGGCUCGUGGCGCCGACCGCCGCGCCCGCCGCCCGCGCCGCGCUGCUGCGGGCCGCGCGCACGCUGCACGCCGCCGACACGCGCCAGCGCCGCCAGCAGGAAAAGAACAAGAGCACCUUCGCGGCGGGCGGCGCGGGGGGUGCGGGCGCCGCGGUGCCGGUGGCGGGCGUGGGGCAGGUGGACCGCGCGCAGAUCGCGGCCCAGCUCGCCGCCGCGCUCGUGGCGCAGGGCAAGACCGAUGUCUCCGCCGACGAACUGUCGCAGCUCGUCGACGCCGUGGUGGGGAUGGCGGAGGCCAAGCGCCGCGCCGCCGCCACUGCGGACAGCGAUGCCGCCGCCGCUUCCACUUCCGCAUUGCAACUCUUGCAGUCGGCUUAUGAUGAUAAUGAAAAGAAAUUGGAGAAAGAAGAUCCGCCCGAUGCAAUGGACGGCUUGUCAGAUUCCGACCUUGAAACUUUAUUGAAAAACUUCAACGAAUUAUCUGUGGAGGAGCAGCACAGUUUGAUCGCUUACCUGAAGAAAUUAGAAGCUCGCGAGCCUCAGCGUGUAGAGAGACUGCGGCAAUACGUCAACGCGCCCGUCGCUCUCUCGAACCAAUUUAGUACACCUGAAAACAACAUCGUCGCCGUUGAAAGCGACGAUGAUGACUACACCGUAGACGAGGUAUUUCAAUCUGCAACGCAAAAAGUAAAAGAAGACCAGAUGAGACAGGAGAUGGAGAUUGUGAAAAAAUCGUUAGAAGAGACAAAGUCGAUCCAAGACGACAAACAACAAGACGAUCUACUUAAAAACUUAACGAGCAACUUGUCGUCCGCCGCCGGCCUGUUGGCACUCGUGCAGGCUUCUAUACAGUCCACGUCAACCGUGACCGCUUCGCAGCCGACCUCAGAUGUUGUCACCAGCAACAUGCAACCUAAAUCUUUCGGGGACCCUUCUGAAGCACCGUCGAAGCUCCUAUUACCCUCCCAAACUCCUCAGAAUGUAACUAAUAUUCCCCCUUGGGCACCGGAAGCGCAAAUAAAUACCUACAAUAUUAGCGAGCCGCAUAAUUAUAACAAUAACCAGACGAGAAAUAUGCAGAAUAAUACCGCGAUCUAUCCGCACCCAAAUCAACCGGUCACUCACGUCAUUUAUAAUAUGGGUCACAAUGAAGUGUUGCGCCCACAUCUUAACCAACCAAACAUUAAUAAUCGAAUGAUGCGUCCGCUUCCGAACCAAGCAAACAUUAAUCAUAACAUGUCAGGCAAUAACAGCAUUCCUUCACUUAUGGAUUUGCCGAACAAUAUGAAUCAGAAUAAUCUAAAUGAAAACUAUAAUCAAGUUGUUGAUCCUCCGGUGUGGAAUCAACAACAUUCGAAUAUACCAAAUAACAGAGAGGCGGAGCGAGGUGUCGCCCACGAUUACUUCAAUCAAGCCAAUUAUAUCCAAAGUCAUCAAGGACAGCAAGCAAAUUUGAAUGUUAUUUAUGAAAAAAAUCAACAUCAGCAGAUGCAUGGGGUUAACGCGAAAAAGUUCAGAGGCAGAGGAAGAGGUGGGGGUAGAGGAAAGUUUGGAGCACCUCGAGGACGAGGCCGUGGCCGAGGAGCACCCCAUUAAUUUUAUUUACACUUAUGAACUAUGACAAAGCAUUUUGUGUAUUAAAAUAUAUUUAUAUAUAUAUGAACACACAUAUAUUAAGAUUGUUUGUAAGAGUGUAAUUAAAUAAAUAAAAAUUCAUGAUAUUUUA